GCCUGCGGACGCUUGAGUCGUGCAACAGAAAAGUAGUUUCGUGCAUUCGCCAUACUACCUGACUUUUUGGGGGGGUCCUGGCUGUCAUGGAGUCUCUGAAGAACAAUCGCCGUUCCCGAUCAGUGUUAUUCUGCGUCUUUGUGUUGUGUAUCCAGCUGCAGUUGAGUUUGACGGGACACUGCCCUGCAGACCGACGCACCUGGGUGUCGUUUAAAGACAAAUGUUACCACUUUGUCCAUGGAGAAGAAGACAAAAUCAAAAGCUACACUUUUGAGAGUGCAAAAACCCUAUGCCGAGGAUUUGAGCUUUUGACCAUCCAGAGCGCUGAGGAGAAUGACUUUGUCAUUAAAUAUAGCCCAGAAGUGUGGAAAGGCACUGUGAACGUGUGGCUGGGAAUGUAUUAUGACACAAACAGUGACAACAUGAUGUGGUUCGGUGACGACCCUGUGCUAUUCACUAACUGGGAGGACAGCUCUCCAUCAGACCUUGUGCCCUUGGAAACAUGUGUCUCUCUGCACAGCAACACGGGAAAGUGGGAAAAUGUCAGCUGCCUGGAAGAAGUGGAGAACGGAGUGGUCUGCGAGACAGAUCAGAAAGAGGUAGCCAAGCAGAAACCCAACGCACUGCUGUCCGCCCUGGUCAUUCUCAGCGUGGUCGCCAUCAUGGGAGUCUCAGCAGUUAUUUGGUUCCUGCACCAGAAGCACAAUCUUGGCUCCACUAUCCUCACGGCAUUCGAGUACCACCCUCCGUUCAGAGUCCUGGACACAGACCAGUCCUGCCUGGUGGAGGCUGAGGAGACAGACAGCGUGCCAUAGGAGAACUUUCUCUCCUUUCCACAUGGGUGGGUGUUCAUGCAAAGAGAAGUCCACUAAAAAAAACAGUUGCGGGGGUAGUUUUGGGUUAUACAUGUCAACGUUAUGACUUAGAAUAAUGUAGUGUGGUUGUAAGAAAACUGAUGCCAAGCUUUCUCCUCUACUAACCUCACUGUGGCACAUAAACAUCUUUUGUUAUCUGUACUAACAUGAAUUAUAAGUAAUUUUUUCACAUUGGUGCAUUUUCAUUAGCAACUGUAGCCUGGUCAGCUGUGAUUUGAUCAGGUUAUUAUCAGGCACUACACAUUUUUUUGAUAACUUUUGGGAUGAAUAUUUCUCUCCUGCAUAUUAGAUAUAACUUACCAUUGUUUUUUUGAAGAGAGUGGAACUAAAAGCUUUCAUACCUUUUGUGUGCAGACAGAAAUGUCCUGUUGCAGGGCUACUCCAGCGACUUAGUAUUGCAUUCCCAUAAGCUUGGGUGACUAACAAGAGGCAGAUUGAAAAAAAAUCGGUCAGUUUAUGUAGUGCAGAAUGAGACAUCCUGAUGUGUUUUUUUCAUGAAAUGUAUCAAGCUUAAAAAAUGCUGUAUUCUACAUUUCACAUAAUGCAACCAAUCAUAUUUGACCCUCACUGCCCGAUAAAUGUUGCACGCACCCAGUUUGUAAUGCAGGCUUUGAGUUGUACAUUAUUAGUCUACAACCAUGAGAUAACCCUAAAGACAUUAUCUGGGGUUAUUUUCCCAGACUUUAGAACUAUUGAAAUUAUACAACCAUGAUGAGUAAACUGAUCUUUUGUGUAAAAUCAGAGUGGCCCUUUUUAAGCAGUAUUCACAGAAACAGGAAUGCUUGAUCCGAACAAGAGCCCGGCAAGAGUGUGAGCAAUUGCCUUGUUACUCCAUGCAUGUAAAUGUAGCCAGUGAGGUAGAUUUGCACAGUCCAUAUUCUUUCCUAGGUAAAAUAAAUUCAAAUGGAAAGCUGUCCUUAACCAAUACUGCCAGAGAACGUCCUGACCGAUUUCCCUGCAUUCUCUCCCUGGCUUUAGAUGUUAUUGUGUCAAGGUGCGAGACUAGCCAAAAUAUAGCCAAUAUAGCCAGUAAAGCUAGAUUUAGUUUUCAAAAAACACUGAUUGAACUCUUCAUUCAUUCCAGGAUCCUUUCAAGAUGGCUGUCAUGAAAAUAAUCUACAUUCACAGUUCCUCUGCCCUUUAUGUACUUUUUAUCUGGUCAAAAGAUAAAUAUGUAUUUUUGGGGUUUAUAUUAAGAAUUCCCUUGCUGCCCUAUUAAACCCAAUCUUGGCAGUAUUGUUUUAUCAUUUAGUUGACAUGAUUUUGGUGUUUGAAAUAAUAAAUCCUCCAGAGACAUUAAAGACAAUCUGUGGGAUAGAUAUAUUGCAGAAUUAUGUUUUCAACAGCAUGAAUGCUUUGUGCAAUAUUUGAGAUUAAUUUGUGAGAAUCUGAGCCCUCGUGUCGUUUUUCAUAAUAAAAUAUGUUUGACAAUAA